GUGUGUGUGUGUGUGUGUGUAUGUGCGUGCGUGCGUGCGUGCGUGUGUGCGUGUGUGUGUGCGAGCCCUUUUUUGACUUAAAUUUUUUAUGAAACGCUUAUGUUGCUGCACCUGUGUUUAGCUGAUCAGAUCGGACCUGCUUGGGUGCCAGCCAUGAUGCAAGGCCUCCAAAAUCAAGUCCAGCAAAGGCAGGUCUUCUGCUGUUCCUGCUCCCAGUGACACACAUGUGGUGGUCUUUCCGUAGGCGUCCCCCCACCCCCCAGCCAAAACAUCUCCUGUGGACCAGCAACACAGCAACGGAGCAUUCUUCCCUGUCAACUGCAAAACCCAACGACAUGUUGGAUGACAAUGACACUGACACCGCACCUACUGUGCUCUCCCAACCUUUGGGAAUUCACUCGUGUCAAGAGAGGGUGUAUACCUAGCGUCACAAAUCCGAAUGAUGUAUGUGUUAUUCAUCGGGAUUUUUUAAAGACACAUAAACACAUAAACACACACACACACACACAAUGGCUAUAUGCUUGCCCUUCUACCUGGAAUAACCUACUGUAUUCCCACAGGGUAGUGGUGUUGUAAGACAUUCGAGCACGUCUUCUUUCUCUCUAUUGCUCUCACUCUUUCUCUCUCUCAUACACACACAAAACACAGACGCAUGGUAAGUGGACUCGCAGCCUAAUGGAGUUUAAUUACUCCCAGCACAUCCAUCAGGGGCUCUAGUAGGGGAGUGGAGUAUUUUAUCACCACUUUUAAGGGUUAUUAGUACAAAUACACUUUCACCCUGCAUUACCACUGCAGAGCUUUAGGGUGCCAUGCCCUCACCACAUUCAUUACAAACUCUAUCAAUAUCUAUCAGAAGUAAAUGCCUGGUCUUUGUCCCUCCACAUUCUUCCUUUCAUGUCGACUCAUCACACACUUGCUGUCAAUAAAAGAUGAAUUCUCAGACACACACAUACCCACAAGCCUCCCACUCCCUCCCCUCCCGGCUCUCUGUGUCUUUAUCUCACGUCACCUCCACCACAAACGUCUAAACGUUUUAUUCAGUUCAUAAUGUGCUCAGGCUGACCUGAUGGAGUUUGGGCACUGAUGAGGAAGGACACCACCAAAUGAGUACCUACUAUAAGUGACUAAGAAUCCAGUGGUCAAUUUAGGGAAAAAAAAUUAAAUCUAGAAUCAGAUAACUUUUCUAAAGUUACUGUUCACAUUUGUCACUUAUUACCAUUACCAGGUACACAAAGGUGACAUGAUUAAGGAUUAUUAAUGUACCUGUAAUUGGCUACAACACCUAUAACAGCUAAUAAUGAGCAUUGUUGUUUACAUCUAUUUCUUAAAAGCUGUUUAUGAAACUACAGUAAGCUGCAUGUUUAACAUGUCUCAAAUGUUAAAGAAUAAGAAAAAUAUACAAACAUACAUGUUUUACACUGAACUAAAACCUCACAAUUGUUUGGUUUAAUUAUUAUGGUAUAUGUAACCCAGCACAAAAGUACAAAUAGAAAUAUAACAAUUGUAAAAUGAAAGUAAUUGGCAUAAUAAACAAAAUGAGGCAAAUAAGAAGUUGGGACAAGACACGUUGUUAAUGGGUUUACAAAAUAAAAGAAAAGGGGUAUAUUGUUAUACAAUGUUUGUGCCUAAUAUGUAAGUUUAGUAUGUAAAUGUGAAAUAAUAAGUAUGUUUGUUUAAGUUUGUUUAACCUCCAACUUGUUGAAGUUUAGUGUUAAUGUUGCUAAGGGACUAAUGCAGGAUUUUAUUUUGGCGAUCGGGGGUUUUGUGAAAAAAACUACGAAGAAGCAGGAAAAGGAGAAAAUAGGAGCAGACGGGAGACGGAAGCGAACGCUAGGAGCGCGCGGUAGGGAAAACUCGAAAAAUUUGCACCUGUCGCUUAAAAAUGUUGAAGUGGAAGACUGUCAGUAAGAGAGUCUGAAGGUGCAAAGAACUGAGCGGUAAAGGAGGCAAACUUCAGCACAAAGUUGUGCAAAGUCUAUCGCCAGGCCCUCUUGUCAGAGCGACGAGUGGGAAGGAGCAGCACGUGGAGACGGGAGCAGCUAGCUAACCCAGCUGGACCAGCCUCUCUUCAGCGGCACAGAGUUGGACACCUGCAACAUCCUGGUAGGAGCGCAGCUCAGCGUCCUGCUGGACAAUCGUGAGGAGGAUUAAGGGAUGGACUUGUUUUAUUUAGUGCUCGGACGUGAGUGAAUCGGCCAUUACGUUUUGGGUCUCAACGCUCACGAGCCAGGCAUCAGGCCUGCAACGGUUUGGUUUUCGGUUUAAUAUGGUUUAAGUGGACUUUGAAAUUAAUUGCAUAUUUGUGGCACUGUUAUGUAAGUGUACUUUAUGUUGUGGGUAAGAUUUUGCACUGACAGGGUUAAGUUGUUAUUAAUUUACUUUAUUUAAUGUACACUACUACUCCAAGACACAGUAGACGGGCUACAUAAAUUGGAGGCACCGCUGGGAUUACUUUCAUUUGGGUUAUUCAGUAGGAUUUAAAAGUAAAUAAACAGUCACUCUGAUAAUGGCGGACAAGCUAGCAUUAAGGUCUGAGCUACAGGGUUGGUGCAAGGGAGAAGGCUUGGAAGAGGCUCAUGGACUACUGGUCAUUGGCCCAGAAGCAACAGAAAUUGGACAGAUUGAAGAGACUCUUGAGACUAUCAAGUGCUUAGGCAGAGUACGUGUUAGGGGGAGAAUCUUCAAUUCUAGAAUAAACUGCCUUAUGGUCCUGUGUGAAUGCAAAGAGGUCCUAACAGCAGCCAGUGUUCCCCCAGAUUUUCACCUUCCUGAAGGUGGGCCAGUAUGGUCGCUGAUCACCGUAGAUGGAGCUCCAGUGGACGAAGAUGACUUUAACAGUAAGCUAAGAGUUCUGCUACAGACAGAGGGCAAAACCAUGGAUGAUCUUAGAGCCCUACUGCCAGGAGUUCAACAGUCCACUAGCUCAGCUGACUUUGUGCUACAAGCAUUUGGUGACUUCCUGGAAAAAGACCAAUAAGCCACCAACAGAAGGUGGCUAUCGGAGGCUGCGCAUCUUUUCAGGCACCCAACCUGUUCCAGCAAGUGAGGAGCAGUUUGAUCACUGGCUUGAGCAAGCGUGGCUCAUGGUAGAGGAGAGUGAGUGCACUGAAAAGGAGAAAAGGCGCAGGUUAUUAGAAAGUUUAAAGGGUCCCGCAUUGGAAAUAGUCAGAGCUGUGAGAACUAGCAACCAUGAUGCAGAGGCGAAAACAUACUUAGAAGCCCUGGAAAGUGCUUUUGGAACAGCUGAGUCUGGCGAUGACUUGUACUUCGCUUUUCGUCUGUUGCAACAGCAGCCUGGAGAGAAACUGUCUGAUUUCCUGAGACGAAUGGAGCGAGCUCUCUCUAAAGUUGUGCAGAGAGGUGGUCUGUCCCACACUGAGAUGGACCGAGCCAGAGUGGAGAGAAAAGCUAACCCGCCUACGUUCCUGCAACUUUUGAGUGAGAUACGUGCUGAAGAGGGAUAUGAGGCGUCAAGAAUGAAACUCAACACUACCGUAAGUCAGCUGCAGAUAAAGCACAGUCCUGACUCUAAACAAGGAGAGAUUCAAAGCUUGAAAGCAGAGAUUAAGGAUCUUAAGUCCAUGGUAACCUCAGUGGCAUUACCUUCGGCUGAAAGACAAAAAGACUGUCCAGAGAGUACACUUUUAGUCACAUCACAGUUAGGGGAAAAGAGCCAUGAUAGUGAGCUGAGAGCUUUGAAGAAACAAGUUAAAAGACUGCAGACCAAACUAGACAGGAAAAUGGUAACCGAAGCUGGAGGGUACCAUCCGGCCACUGUCUUUACGGUUGAGGCUCCCACCCAAGUAGUUCAUACUCCUAGCAGAUCCUUCCGACCCUCUGAGUCACAGUUCUGCUAUCGAUGUGGAGAAAAUGGGCAUUUUGCUGCCAGAUGCCCUAAUCAAGAGAAUCACAGUAGAGUGAUUAAGAAAUUAGUUCAAGCUCUGAAACUGUCUAAAGAGAAACUAUCAUCUACUAACACUCCAGAGACUCAGACGCACUGCGCUGUUAAGAGAAGUGUAGUGACUGCAACUGGAAAUGCUGGAAUACCAGAUGGUUUAGUGGGUCCACCCAGUACAGUACAGUUAAAGGUUAACGGCAAUCGCUGUACCGCCCUGUUCGAUAGUGGUUCCCAAGUCACCAUCAUCUUUGAGUCAUGGUAUCAAAAACAUUUGAGUGAUGUUAAAUUACAUCCAGUAGCUGGACUGGCUCUCUGGGGUCUGAGUGAGUCGGAAGAGAGUUACCCUUACCGUGGUUAUGUUGUGGUGGAUUUAGAGUAUCCCCCAGAAAUUACUGGUACCUGCAGAACUGUAACUGUUCUUGCACUUAUCUGCCCCAGCCCCCGGACUACCCAAGAGACACCAGUUAUAGUGGGCACCAAUACCAGUCAUGUCAGAAGCUUAGUGAAGCAGUGUAGAGACAGUGGUCUUGAUAUUACACAGACAUUAGGUAUACAGACUGGCUGGGUAGGGGACAUUACGGCCGAUGAUUCGGGGUUCCUCUCUAAGGAUGAAGAUGACAAAGUGGGUGUAGUGACAUGGCAGGGCCCAGGGCCCUUGACUUUACACCCUGGUGAAGAUCAGCAAAUCAAUUGUAAAGUUGACUUUAAUAAGUCAGUUGUGAAGGAAAUCCUAAUGGUGGAUUCCUCUCCCUCCGCUUCACUCCCAGGCAGUCUGUUGUUGCAGCCUAUGGUGGUCCCUGCCUCUGCGGUAAAGGUUAAUAAUUUUAGAGUGUUGGUUCAUACCAGUCACUCAAAGAUACAGUAG